GAAAAGGUUGCGGCGCGCCACCGAGCUACUCGGGAGCGCGCCCCGGGGUUCCGCCCAGCCAACUACUGUGGGCCUGUUCUGCACUUUGAGGCUGGAGCUGGCGGGUCCAGGACAGGAAAGAAGGUGGUGGAAUAAAGAUACCAUCAAGAUCUAGACUCUGUAUGAAGUCUUCCAUUACUGAUUCAAGGUUCACACUCACAGUCUACAUGCUCUGAAAAACUAGAAACUGAAAUUAACCUGAAGUUGGCCCAGUGAUUUUCCUGAAGUUUUGCAUUUUGAAGCCCUAUAUCCUUUGCUGUCUUGUCCCUACCAUUUAUAGUCACAAAUUCUGUGGACCCUAUCUUCUUGAGAAGUUGAUAUGGCUUAGUUGGUAGAUGGCUUAUCUAAUACACCUGAAGCCCUGGGUUUGAUCCUCAGAAUCACAUCAACCAGAAGACCUGUCUGAAAUGUGGUGGUUUCAGCAAGGCCUCAGUUUCCUUCCAUCGGUUCUUGUAAUUUGGACAUUUGCUACCUUCAUAUUCUCAUAUAUCACUGCAAUAACGCUCCACCAUGUUGACCCUGCAUUGCCUUAUAUCAGUGAUACCGGGACAAUACCUCCUGAAAGAUGCCUCUUUGGAGUAAUGCUAAAUAUUGCUGCAGUUUUAGGCAUUGCUAACAUCUAUGUUCGUUACAAGCAAGUUCAUGCAUUGAACCCUGAAGAGAACCGUAUCAUCAUCAAAUUAAACAAGGCUGGCCUUGUACUUGGGAUACUGAGUUGUUUAGGACUUUCUCUCGUGGCAAAUUUCCAGAAAUCAACACUGUUUAUUGUACAUGUAUGUGGAGCUGUCCUUGCCUUUAGUAUGGGCUCAUUUUACAUGUUUGUUCAGACCAUCCUUUCCUACCAAAUGCAGCCCAAAAUUCACAGCAAACAAGUCUUCUGGGUUCGACUACUAUUGGUUAUCUGGUGUGGAGUAAGUGCACUUAGCAUGAUGACUUGCUCAUCAAUUUUGUACAGUAGUGGUUUGGGUCCUGAUAUAGUACAGAAACUACACUGGAACCCAGAGGAUAAAGGUUAUGUGCUUCACAUGAUUACUACUGCAGCAGAAUGGUCUAUGUCAUUUUCCUUCUUUGGAUUUUUCCUGACUUAUAUUCGUGAUUUUCAGAAAAUUACUUUACGGGUGGAAGCCAAUUUACAUGGAUUAACCCUCUAUGACACUGUUCCUUGUCCUGUUACCAAUGAAAGAACACCACUGCUUUCCAGAGAUUUUCAAUGAAUGGAUAAAAAUCUUCUGUGAUGAUUAUGAUUCUCAGGGACUGAGAAAAGAUGCACAAAAGUUGCAUAUUAUACUGUGAAAAUUUGAAUCAAGGCUGACAGUGACAUUAAUGAAAGAUGUUAUCAGGAGAAAUGUAAUAAGCCAUCUGAUAAGUUUUCUUAAAGGAUGUUGUUAAGACUAUCUAAAAACAUUAUGUCUAGACUUUUUUAUAAUCCAGAAAAUAAAACCAAAGGAUAAUACCAUUUUAGUGUUUGCUGCUUUAUCAAAGAAAGCCUGAAGUACACUGAGUAGUCUCUAUACUUGGCCUGAAACAUGUUAUGUUAUUUUAAAAACAUCUUUUGUUAUGAGUACUUUUAUGAGAGAAAUUUUCUAUGGCCCAACAUGUAAUCAACAUUGAUCAGCAAAUCAUUUAGAAUCAGGGCUUAAAACUGAAGUUUUACUAUAUUAAUACAUUUCUUAUAAUACUUAAAAAUGUGGUGUUGUUGCUGUUAUUGUUAUUGUUCUGGAACCUCCUCUGUAAAUAGGAGCGUGUCUGAACUUGUGUGAGUUCUUUCAGGGCUUAAAUUUUGCCUCACUGGACCCCCACAAACAAACACAAAAUCAAUGGGUAUUUAUUUGAUUCUGGCCACAUGAUUACUAACAGAUCUAUCAUAUAUGCUUAUAAUAAUUUCAAGUCUCGUCUCUGAGAUUAGAAUUUUUAAUUGCCAAUGAGAGAGAGAAGUGGGAAGAUGGAGAUUUUAUUUGCAAAUAUGCUAUAUGCAUGCAUGCAUACAUGUAUAUGUAUAUGUAUAUGUAUAUGUAUAUGUAUAUGUAUAUGUAUAUGUAUAUGUAUAUGUAUAUGUAUAAUGUCCCUGUGGCUGGAACUCAGAGAAGUCCUCCACGAUGGCUGCAAGACAGCAGGCCCCAAUAACCCGAGAAAGUCCGUGGGUUUCCAAUACCGGCUUUAUUGACAUGACAGAUGAUAGUUGAAUCUGGAUGUGCACCCCUACCACAAUUUAGGCCAGGGCAGGCCUGACUUAAAUGGGGAGGGGGAAAAGAGGAGGGACUGGAAAAAGGAAUAACUUAAUUAGCUACACCCUCUGGCCUUUAGGUAACUCAUUAAUAUGGAAAUUUCUUGAGGCUGAAGCCUGUAGUCACACCCUCUAACUGUAGCCCUACAUGUCUGCAAGGCCCUAUAUGUCUGCAAGGCACAGAUCAAAUGGCGAUCUUCGCCUUGUGUCAGGAGCCUGGGUUCUGGGGGCAUGGCCAAACACCUGCCGUUUCCCCAUCAGGGUCGGGGUUCCAGGCCUAUGCCCAGCCAAGAACUAGGCUCCUUUCACGGCCCAACAUACAUAUAUAAAAUUUUCUUCUUUAUAAAAUAAAGGUUAAGGCUGAUGACAUUUGCACAGUAGUGUAAAUCACUUUCUGCCAACCCUGACUAUCUGAGUUCACUGUGUAGGAUCCACACAGUGGAAAGAAAAGACUCCUACCAGUUAUCCUCUGACCUUGACUUCCAUAUGCAUAUAUACAUACACACUAAAUAAAUGUGGUAAUAGAGAUAAACAUUAAUGUUCCUAAAUAAGAUUGCAAAGUCUGUAGACAAAAAGAGAUAUGAUUAAUAACAUAAAAUUUAUUCUGCAUUAUAGUUAGGAUCCUCUUUGAUUUUCAUUUAGAGAAAUAAUUAGCAGUAAAGUUAGUUUUGAGCAGAUGUUUAACCUUUUUAUUGGAAUAUGAUCUUUUUAAAACCUAGAUCUGAAGAAGAGAUGAAAUCCAAAAUAUAAAUCUGGAUCUUUUUUCUUGUCAUGUAAAUGAUUAUAAAGUUUCAAUUUAGAUCUCUGUAUAGAUAAAAGAUGGUUAUAAAGGAUGGUUUCUAGAUGCCUACUAGGAUUCAAAAGAAGGAAAUACUGAGCUAAAUAAUAUCCAGGGUCAAACUAGUUUGUAAAAUAAUCUUUGAUGAAUACUAACAUAGUUUAUAUUUUUUAGAAGAAAUGGAGCUGAAACCAGAAGAAAAGAUGGUAAGAAAAAGUUGAAAAUAUAUCAAGAAGGAAUUUAAGGAAAACUGUUUGAAUGGUGGAGCUUUAGACUUCAAUUAUAAGUUGUUGAACACCAAACUCAGUAACAGUAUUUGAAGAAAUAACUUAGAUUAAUAGAGAACUAGAGUAUUUACCUAAGGGAAGCUACAGUCAACAAGGGAGACAUUUUAGUAAAUAUUGAUUGAUUAAUGUCGUUACUACUAGAAAAAGAUGCAUACUGCUCAUGAUUAAAUCCUUUUGAAAAGUAUGAUAUAACCACAUAUGGAAAAUAUCUUCCUGUAGAUUCUCUCUACCAAUAAGUCAAGUUAUGGAGUAUCCAUGGUAUUAUAUGAAAUAAAUAAUACUAAGUAAUAAUUCAUAGAGUUAAAGUUCAUGAAAGCAGCUGUGGGGAAGGCAGUUUAGAGAAAAGCAUACACUCACUAAAAUUACCUUCUCAGAAUAUUAACCUUAGAGAUAUAGUUAUAAUAAAGUGAUCUAAGGUGAAAAUUAAUAUUUUGAAGGUAUUUAAAUUCCACUAGUUACCCUUUCAAGUAACCAAGACUGAAAACAGGAGUAGGAUUAAAGAAGGGAUUGUAAACUAAGAAAACAUGGCAUAUUGUUUCCUAACCUAAAGUCCGAAAUAAUGACAGACAAUGUACAUCCUCAGAACAUCAUUCCUUGCCAGUUCUGCAAAAGACAUGUAUAAAAGUAACAGAAGAGAAAGUUCGUUUUUUUUUUUUUAAUUUUUAGAGUGCUUUUAGAAUUCUUUCAAGUAUUUAGGUUAUAAGUAAAACUAAACUGUACAUAGACACUUUAAAAAGGAAAACACACAGUCAACUGUGGUCUAAAACAUUAAAUGAAAAAUACCAGAACUUCACAAUUGGUAAGUUUUAUAUGAGUCAUUUAAUGAAAUCUUGUAUCAUGUCACCUGUCCUGUGAAUCAUCCCUUUGUCUUUGAGUCAUGCUAUGUAUUCUACCUUUAGUGACUGUUCUAUUUGUUAAAUGUGAUGCUUGUGAUUGAGAAACUUUUUCUUUACUGGAUAUGGCUCAAAAUCACAAGUGCAAUAAUGCUGACAAUUUAGAUAUGCUAAAGAAAAGCCAAAAAUUAAAUCUUUCAUAUAAAAACUCAUGUAAAAGUUCAUGACUUAAUGAUGAAGAAAAACAUAUCAUGUGCUGAAGUUGGGAGGAACAAGUCUCUUCAUGAUAUUGGAAAGAAGAAAAAGAUUCAAGCUAGUUUUGAUUUUAAUUCAAAGUAACAGUUAUAGCUAUAUUACAUGACUUUAAGUAGAAGCUGUAAAUUUGUGUACAUAUGUUUCCACACAGGCAUUCAGUUAUAUACUGUUUUCAGUUAUCUUGAAAUGAUAAUGGAGAUCUUGAAAUGUAUCCCUAAAGGAUGAGGGAAGUUACUAAUUAAAAGAUGAAAGUGG